AUGAGAGGUAAUACUGACAAGGAGGUAGCACAGUCUAGGUUAAGUGUAGGUUCUGAUAAUACUCCUAGUUUGGCAACCUGGGCAUAUAACCAUGCUAGGGUUAGAGAGGUUGCAGCUCAUAUGAUUCUAGGGCAUGAAUUUCCUUUUUCUGUUAUGGAAGGUGUGAUUUUUAAUGAAUUCCUUAAAGAGAUUUAUCCUUGGUACAAAAAGAUUAGUAGACAUCAGGUUAAGUUGGAUUGUGAAACAUUUUAUGAAGCUGAGAGAGUUAAGAUGAAAAGGUCAAUGUCACAGAUUAACAGGAUCAGUCUUACAACUGACCUGUGGUGGUCUGGUGAACAAAGAAUUGGUUAUAUGACUGUGACUGGCCAUUUCAUUGAUUCAAAAUGGCAGCUUCAUGAAAGAGUUUUAUCUUUUAAGAAUGUUCCUCCACCACAUUCUGGUGAAGUUUUAUGUAGGGAAUUGAUUAAGGUGAUGGAUGAUUGGGGUAUAAGAGAUAAAGUUGUUUCUAUUUCAGUUGACAAUGCUAGUGCCAAUGAUAAUUGUAUUUCUAGAUUGAAGAGAGAUUUUUCUGGUAGGAGAAAUCUUCCACUGGAUGGAAAAUUGUUUCAUGUUAGAUGUUGUGCACACAUCUUAAAUUUGUUGGUUCAGGAUGGGCUUGAUAUGAUAAAGGUGAUUGUGGAUAAAGUUAGGAAUAGUGUCAAAUAUUUGUUGAAUUCUGAAACAAGGUGCAAAGCAUUCAAGAAAAUUGUUGAUGAGUUGCAACUUGAGGGCAGGAUGCAAGUAUUGGAUACUAAGAACAGAUGGAACUCAACUUGGUUGAUGUUGUCCACAGCUUACCAUUACAGAGAAGUAUGGCCUAGAUAUGCUGAAGAAAAUGGAGCAUUUCUUAAUUUUUUGCCUGAUGCAAAUGAUUGGGAAGAUGUUCAUGAUAUUUGCAAGUUUUUGGAAGUUUUUGCUGAUGUGACAGGAAUUAUUAGUGGUACAUCUUACCCUACUGCUAAUUUGUUUUUGGCUGAGCUUUUCAGGGUGAAGGUUUUACUUGAUAACCCCUCUGAAAUCUCAAACAAUCCUCAGUUACAGGCCCUUGCUAAUGAGAUGAAGUUGAAGUAUGAAAAGUAUUGGGCAGAGUCUAAUACAUUGAUUUCUAUUGCUGCAAUUCUUGAUCCAAGGUAUAAAAUGAUAUUCAUCAAAUGGGUAUAUCCCUUCUUGUAUCCAAAUGCUACUCAAGCAGCUUCCUAUGAACAAGAGUUGGCAACAAACUUACACACUCUAUUCCAAUUGUAUCAAGACACCUUUGGAGUUAAUGAUGCCCCUAUUUCUGAAACUCCUGAAGUAGGAAGUAGUUUUGGAUUAGGAAAGAGAAGUUUUGAGAGGUUUUUAGAAACUGUGGUUGGUAGUUCUAAUACAAAAUCAGAUCUUGACUUGUAUCUUGAGGAGUCUCCAUUGAAGGUUCCCCAAACACCAAGUUUGAUGUUUUAA